AUGCCAGCGUAGAAUAAUUUUGUGCUUGUCUCGUUUUUCUUUAUUAUAUUUAAAAUAUUAAUAUUAUGUCAUAUCGCAUUAACAGAGUGAACCAUAAAAUCAUGAUGUUGUUGCUGUUAUUAACAUUAACUUGUGAGGCCGUAUGCAUUAGUUUGAACGGACUUCCCUUCUUACCAACCCGUAUCAAGCAAAUCAUCAUACUGCAAAAGUCGGAUCGUCGUUUCUACAUCCAAAAGUGCUGUGAAAAUAUAGUAUGCGCUAACUCCAACGUGACACACUUUAAUACAGCAACUACUAGUCAAAAGAAUCAAGUGGCAACCACUCAACGCGUCACGCGGGGCACUUUAAAUGGUAUCACUUCAUCAACCAUGACUUCAACAUCCACCUCAACGACGACUUUUACCCCAACUUUAACCUCGACUUCAACUUCAGCCUCGACUACAACUUCAGCCUCGACUUCAACUUCAACCCCGACUUCAACUUCAACCCCGACUUCAACUUCAACCUCGACUUCAACUUCAACCUCGACUUCAACUUCAACCUCGACUUCAACUUCAACCUCUACUUCAACUUCAACCUCUACCACGACUUCAACUACAACUUCAACCUCAACUACCACCUCUACCACGACUUCGACCUCAACUACAACCACAACAACAGCUUCUCCAUUCGUCCUAAAUUGUAGAGCAGAUCUCUCUCUCAUGGACUCUUCAGGACUUGUUAAUGUUUCUCAGAACCCAGCUUCUGAAGGAGUAUACCUGUCAGCUUGCGGAAUCUUAUACUUGGUCAGCGACCGGAAUUUGUUAAAAAAUUUUACCGAUGCCUCGAGAUUUUGUUGCUUGCGGAGCAUGACCGUGGCCAAUUUUGCACCGGCUGAGAAGCUGAACUGCUUUUGGAAAACCGUCUUAACUAAGCUCUACUGGAACCAGGGCAACACACAGUUCUGGUUAGCAGGUUCAGCCAAUGCAAGCUCAUCGUACGUUACGGUGACAGGGGCUCCUACUGUUUUUACGUACCAUCGCAACGGGCAAGUUCUGAACCCAUCAAAUUUGAGCACAGAAAUGUGCUUGUACGGCAGCGUCUCUCAAGCCUCCUCUGACAGCGCGGCGAUGACGUACGCCGUGGACACGUGCGGUAUAUCCCGACGGUUCACAUGCGAGACUCCCUUGUCACGAAAUCUUUUCCCACCUUGUCCUGCUUGUACAGAAAAUCCGACCCGUGUGGCUGCAAUCAAUCCUUUCGUCAGAAUGGUCAACGACAGCACACCAUACAACUCAGUUGUGUUUGAAACAUCCAAGAAGUUGUUCAAAUCUUGCAACAAGACGUAUUUAGUUAUCGAAACCAAUACCGACUGGUUUCAGGCGUUGCAAUGGUGUUGUGAACUUGGCUUUAUACCAUUGAUGCUUGAUAAUGCUCAAAAAAUUUGUUUGUCCAACCCUUCAACCAGUAAGCUGCCAUAUGGGAGAUACUGGAGUGGCGGAACUAACCAAGGACCGUUGAACGAGAACUCUUACGGCUGGUGUGGCAGCAGCAACAAAACUCUCAUCACUGAUUCAAGUCUGUGGCAUCCUGGUCAACCCAAUCUGCCAUGGACAGAGAGAUGCAUCAUGUUCAUUUAUGACGCUUCCAAUGCAAUGGUCAUGCAUGACUAUUUCUGCGUAACGCUUGCAUACCCUUUGUGUCAACUAAUCUGAUUGUUUGCAGAUAUGACAAAUAUCUGAUUGUAUAUACGCAAGUAAUAAAACAGAACAGUGAAUAUUGAUA